GCAGGAGAGUCGGCAAGAUGGUCAAGUCAUACUUGAAAUACGAACACACCAAGUCGUUCGGUGUUGUCGCAUCGAGUACCUCGAACCUCGUAUGGACGUCCAAAGAUCGCAAUGGCACGGGCGCCGGACAGGUCGUCGUUGCCGCCAAUGAAGAAGUCUUGAGCUGGGACAUCAAGAAGGGAGAGUUGCUGAGUCGGUGGAGGGACGACAAAUGCACGCUGCCCGUCACUGCUAUUGCGCAAAGCAAAGCCGAUAAGGAUGUGUACGCCGUGGGCUACGAAGACGGCAGUAUUCGGCUCUGGGACAGCAAGAUUGCGACGGUCAUUGUCAACUUCCAGGGCCAUUCUUCUGCCAUCACACAUCUAGCCUUCGAUAAGGCUGGUGUCAGACUAGCCAGUGGAAGCAAAGACACGGAUGUCAUCAUUUGGGAUCUUGUCGCUGAAGUCGGCCAGUACAAAUUGAGAGGUCACAAGGAUCAAGUCACCGGUCUUCGAUUUGUUGAACCUGAGGCGCAGCCCGAUGACGAGGAGGAUAGUAAGGACAGGGCUACCGAAGUCGUUUUCCACCCAAAGCGCGACUACUUUGCGGUUCACGGCUCCGAGAAGUCGACUGAAGUCUGGCGCAUCCGAUCAGAGGCCGAGGUAAAGAAGUCUUUGGCACGCAAGAAGAAGAGGAGAAGAGAGAAGGCCAAAGAUGGAAAGACGGAGGAUGAAGAGAUGGGCGAUGCAGCCGAUGCCGCCGACGAUUUAUCUGGUGCCGAGGCCAGCGAUUACUUUGUCCAGUACGUGAUCGUACGAACUGGCGGCAAGGUCCGCUCGGUUGACUGGGCUGUCGGCAGCGGCAGCAAGUCCAUUCAACUCGUAGUCGGCACCACCAACAACCAGCUGGAGUACUACAGCAUUCCCACCAAAGAUUCUGGCAAGGCGAGGAAGGAGGACACUCCGGACUACACACGAUCUCUUUCCGUUGAUCUUCCAGGACACAGGACAGAUGUGCGCUCUGUGUCGCUGAGUUCUGACGACAAGAUGCUGGCUUCGGCGUCGAACGGUAGCCUCAAGAUUUGGAAUAUCAAGACACAGACAUGCAUUCGCACCUUCGAGUGCGGCUAUGCGUUGUGCUGUUCUUUCCUUCCAGGAGACAAGGUUGUAGUGGUUGGCACCAAGGGAGGCGAGUUGGAGCUUUUCGAUGUCGCCUCGGCCAGCCUUCUGGACAGCGUCACGGCCCACGAGGGUGCCAUCUGGUCUCUCCAGGUUCAUCCUGACGGCAAGUCCAUGGUGUCUGGCAGUGCAGACAAAACGGCGAAGUUCUGGAACUUCCAGAUUGUUCAGGAGGAGAUCUUGGGUACCACCCGCACAACACCCAAGCUGAAACUUGCCCAGUCGAGGAUACUGAAAGUUGCGGACGAUAUUCUCAGCCUCAAGUUUUCUCCCGACGCGAAGCUUCUGGCUGUUUCACUCCUUGACAGCACGGUGAAGGUCUUCUUUGUCGACAGUCUCAAGCUUUACCUUAACCUCUACGGUCACAAGCUCCCAGUGCUCAGUAUGGAUAUCUCAUACGACAGCAAGCUCAUCAUUACUAGUUCUGCCGACAAGAACAUCAGGAUAUGGGGCCUCGACUUUGGCGAUUGCCACAAGGCACUUUUUGGUCACCAAGACAGUAUCCUGCAAGUUGCCUUUGUCCCUCAUAAUUCAGAUGGCAACGGUCACCACUUCUUCAGCGCCAGCAAGGACCGGUGCAUUAAGUACUGGGACGGCGACAAGUUUGAGCAGAUCCAGAGGCUGGACGGCCACCACGGCGAGGUCUGGGCAAUGGCCGUCAGCCACAGCGGCAGGACCCUCGUCAGCGCAGGACACGACAAGAGCAUCCGCGUGUGGGACGAGACGGACGAGCAGAUCUUCCUCGAGGAGGAGCGCGAGAAGGAGCUCGAGGAGCUUUACGAGAGCACCCUCACGGGUUCGCUUGAGCGGGAUCCCGACGCGGAGGAUGCCAACGGCGAGGUGGGCGCGGCGACCAAGCAGACGGUCGAGACGCUCAUGGCGGGUGAGCGCAUCGCCGAAGCCCUUGAGCUGGGCAUGGCGGAUCUCAACCUGCUCAAGGAGUAUGAGCAGGCGAAGUUGACGAACCGGCAUGCGCAGCCACCACAGCGCAAUGUCAUCUUCGUUGCUCUCGGCAACAUCAGUGCCGAGACGCACGUCAUGUCUGUGCUGCAGCGCAUCAAGGCAUCCGCACUCCAUGACGCGCUUCUUGUGCUGCCCUUCUCCACUGUCCCCAUGCUUUUUACCUUCCUCGACCUGUUCGCGCAGCGAUCAAUGAACAUGCCAUUGACCUGCCGCAUUCUGUUCUUCAUGCUCAAGACGCACCACAGACAGAUCGUGUCGAGCCGUACAAUGAGGACCAUGCUGGACGGCAUACGGGCGAACCUGAGGGCGGCGCUUAGGAAGCAGAAGAACGAGAUGGGCUACAACAUUGCCGCACUGAAGGUUGUCGGCAUGCAAUUGCAGGCGAAGAGUGUGAAGGACUAUGUUGACGAGACCUGGGAUGAGGAGAACGACAGCAAGGUUGUUCGGAAAAGGGCCACAAGCAUCACGACACUCAAAGCUCAUCCAAGCUCAUCGUUACCGUAUUCCAGCUCACCACAAAAACGCCUGGACAAGAUGCUGUUCUUCAGCUUCUUCAAAACCCUCAUCGACCAUGAGGUCACCAUCGAGCUCAAGAACGACAUUCAGAUCCGCGGCACGCUCAAGAGCGUCGACCAGUACCUGAACAUCAAGCUCGAGGACAUUUCCGUCGUUGAGGAGCUGAAGUACCCGCACCUGAGUUCUGUCAAGAAUGUCUUCAUUCGUGGCUCAGUUGUGCGCUACGUUCAUCUUCCUGCUGCGUCUGUAGAUGUUCCACUGCUGGAGGAUGCGACGCGGAGGGAAGCAGCUGCUCAACAGGCCAAGGCGAAAUAGAGGAACGGCACAGAGACCAACUUCCAAAACUACGAUUGCCGGGGUGAGGGGCUGAGGCUGCAGCGGAGAAAUAGCACUGCGCACGCACUCGCCGCCGUCUGUUCUGGCGUCAGACACAGGGAAUCUGCGGCCUCUAUGAUCAGGUGCCACGUGAGACUGGGUCGGUUAAAAUGCCAACGCUUUAUGGACUGGCCCUGAUAGUGGAGGAAUUAUCAGGAGCGAUCAGCACGAUUCAGCCUAGGCUUGCACUUCCAUCCGAUUUAAAGGAUCCGAGACGGCCACAUGUACACCAAGUACAGAACCAGUCUCAUUCAUAGUUCACAA